AUGUUCGGGUGUGCUUGUGCGGAGAUACCUUUCAUGUUGAAUGAAUUCCCGAUUCUGUGCCAAACAUGUCUUGGAGACAACCCAUAUAUUCGCAUGACGAAGGAGAAGUUUGGGAAGGAGUGUAAGAUCUGCGCGCGGCCGUUCACAGUGUUCCGCUGGUGCCCCGGCGCGCGCAUGCGCUUCAAGAAGACAGAGGUCUGCCAGACUUGCUGUAAGCUGAAGAACGUCUGCCAGACGUGCUUGCUAGAUCUGGAGUACGGUUUGCCGGUGCAGGUGCGUGACUCGGGACUGAACGUCAAGGACGACAUUCCGAAGUCGGACGUCAACAAGGAAUACUACACACAGAAUGCGGAGCGUGAUUUGUCGAUCGCGGGCGACACGAACGCGCCGGGUGAGAUUGGUAAGACGCGAGCUCCGAGCGACGUGUUACUGAAGCUGGCUCGCACGACCCCCUACUACAAACGCAACCGGCCGCACAUCUGCUCGUUCUGGGUGAAGGGCGAGUGCAAGCGAGGCGAAGAGUGCCCCUACAGGCACGACAAGCCUACCGACCCGGACGACCCGCUAGCUGACCAGAACAUCAAGGAUCGUUACUACGGCGUUAACGACCCCGUCGCGGACAAGCUGAUGCGACGCGCUGCGACGAUGCCGGGCAUCUCACCGCCGGAGGACCGAUCGAUCACGACGCUCUACGUGGGCGGCCUGGGCGACAAGGUCACCGAGAAGGACCUGAGGGACCACUUCUACCAGUUCGGUGAGAUUCGCAGUGUGAACGUCAUCCCGAAGCAGCAGUGCGCCUUCGUUCAGUUCACGAACCGGUCGACGGCGGAGGCUGCGGCCGAGGCUUCAUUCAACAAGCUCAUCGUUAACGGCCGUCGGCUCGUCAUCAAGUGGGGCAAGUCGCAGGCGGGCCGCGACGGUGGAGGAGGAGGAGGAGGAGGAGGGCCGGGCGAGGCGGCGGGGCAGGGGCUGGAGCCGGUGCCAGGACUGCCAGGACGUCUGCGUCCGCCGGGAACAUGGUACCCGAACCUCCCGCGGCCACCAGGGGGCGUCGUGUCGAUGGCGCCGGUGCCAGGCGGUUACGUUGUGCCGCAGCAGCAGCAGUUUGUGCCGAUCCACUACCCGUCGCAAGACCCGCAACGCAUGGGCAGCGUGGAGAAGGGAGGCGCGUCGUCAUCGUAG